GGUGUGGAUAUGUAGUGAUCUCAUCAAGUCAUAAAUUCAUUUCAUUUUCGCUCUUUUGAAUGACAUAUAGCUGUGACUUGGAUUUAUGUAGCUUUAACGUAAAAUUACUGUCGUAUUAUGGUAGAAACAAAUAAUUCAAACUCAAAUUUUGAUAUCUACAGUUUAGUGAGUAAAUAAUAUGAUAGGAUUCUCCUCUUAAAUAUAUCUCGGUUUACUAAUUUUUACGAUACCGUUAACCUUUGCCGGGUUCAUAGUCACGUUUAUAUGAUAUAUAGGUUAUAAUUGCAUAACCACAACAAAUAAAAACGUCAGAAAUGUCAUAAUAUUUCUGAAAUACUGAUAGAAACAAUACAAUAUAUGACAAAAUAAACACACUUGAACAUAUAUGGAUCAUAAAUGCCAAUUAGCAGUACCGCUGCUACCGUCGAAAAGAAAAAGUCCUUCAGGCUACAGACUCAUGUGAAGAGUAUUGAUCAGAAUGACCAGCAGGCCGAGAAAAACCUUCUGAAAAUAGCCCCAGCCUUGUCAGUAAAAGACAAGCGGGGCUUGUACGUGAGAUCACACAGUACUUUGAAUGCUUCGGCCCUAACGAAAGGGCAACAUGACACCUCUUCGCUCUGUGAGCCUGCGCUGUUGCGGACGCAUACCGAUGGACUGCUACAUGUUUCACGUCUACAAGAAGAGAAAGAAACGCAGCCGGACCGUAUAAGCCUGGAUAGGCGAGGAUUAGUGUCAAUUCCCAUCAUCGAUGGGGAACCUAGGCUUAGGCUGCUAUCACUGCAGCACAAUUUGAUAAAUAGUUUAGAGAUGUUGAGCAAGCAGACGUUUCCCACCUUAGUUUUUCUAGAUAUGUAUGAUAACCAGCUGGAGCGGUUGUGUUGUCUUGACAAGUUAGAGAACCUCAGGGUACUGCUCAUGGGCAAAAAUAGAAUAAAAAAGAUCGAAGGACUGGAGAAGCUCCUGAAAGUCGAAGUUUUGGACUUCCACGGCAAUCAAAUAUCGCAAGUAGAAGGUCUCACGAAUCUGAAAGAUCUGAAGGUUCUUAAUUUGGCUGGAAAUCAAAUUAGAUCCAUUGGAAACAAAGACCUCCAGGGCCUCCAAUCUCUUCAAGAACUCAACCUGAGAAGGAACAAGUUGAAGAAGUUGAUGGGUUUUGGAGAGGUCCCCAACUUGGGAAAGUUAUUCGUCAGCAAUAAUGAUCUACAGAGUGUCGAAGACAUCAGUAGUCUGGCAAAAUCACCCAACAUCAAAGAAAUAUCAAUAGACAACAACCCGAUAUCGCUGGGGGGCGACUGCGUCUCAUUCCUCGUUUCGUACCUUCCUCUACUCAUCAAAUUGAACUCCAUGCAAAUAACCGAGCAAGUCCGGAAGGCUGCCAUGGCCUGGAGGAGGAACAAAGAGCUCACCAAUGCGACGUUCAUGGAUCUGACGAGCGACGUCUCUCUGACUUGCAGGCGAGAAGAAGUCAUCUCCAACGCCAGAACCAACUGGGAGUUGCUACGGUCACAGACGAAGUGUCUCACGACAAGCGUUAACAUCGUGGAGAAAAGCGUUAAGAAUCUCAAGCCGGAUACUGAUUUCAUUUUGACGCCUUUGAGGAAGACCGUUGCUUCGAAUAUCACCAGGCCGGCGAAGUCGAAAGUUUAUGGUACUCAAGGAACAAAAGUCCCCGUACUAGCCGACAAAAAACUGAAUCUGCUCAGAACCUCAUCCCAAGACACGGAAUAUUCACAAAACACGUCGUCAUCGAACACUUCUGGCAACGAGUUUUUCAAACUACCUCCUAUCCUAGUUCCUAUUAUCAGUAAGCUGGAAGAAGAUCACGGCAAAGAAGGAAGCAGCAAGGGAAGCCUGUCCAGCGUUGGUCCGAAUAUCGAUAGCUCAGCGAGCUCUUUCGCUAGUGGAAGUGAAGUCGAUGCUGCCGAGUCUUUUUAUAGUUCAUGUAGCUCCAAGGAAUCCGAUUCGGAGUCGGAAGGUGAUGUGGAAUUUGAGAAAAGGGAAUCGGUAGAGGAUCCCCAAACUAAGUGUGUGCCCAUUGCCGUUCCACUCCUGCGUGAGAAUCCAGCAAAGAAUCCCACUGCUGCCACCGAUUCGUUAAGUAUCCUCUCAGGAGCUACUAGCUCCUCGAAUAUAUCGAAUCCAAGCCACUCCAGCGGUGAUUCGAAUAAAUCUCUGACUAGGAACGUCAGAAGCGCGGUUCACGGAAAGACACUGCCUCCUAGAUGCAAUACCAGAGCUUCAACAGCUAAGACGAAGAAACAGUCCUCUCCUCCGUUGCCGAAAGACAGAGAACAAGGAGGAGACUACCUUAUAGAAAUAUGCGGCAGACAUCUGAACAUUUAUGGACAGGGAGCCUUGAGGUUUAUUGACAAACCUUGGAACGCUAGCAAAGCCCACGACGUUAACACAGUCAAGUUCAACUACGUUAACUUCAACAGCGUUACUGGAGUGCUUGGCAAAUUUAAGAACAGAUUCCCGAAUGUGGAUCAUUUCGCCUUCAAAGAAACCAACAUUACAUGUCUGGGACAGCUGAACGCGCUGGCUGAGAUCCAAGGGAUGUCCUCCUUGUACAUAGAUCUGGAGGGGAAUCCCAUCUGUGACAAGAGUUGGAGAAGUUACGCUGUCUAUAGGUUGGCACACUGGGGGCUCAAAACUAUAAAUAACGAGGAGAUCACAGGAGACGAAAUUAAGCUCGCCAAUGAAGAGUACCAAAGUCUCAGCGAUUUGGUUCUCUGGUCGCUACCAGAUGUUCUGCUACAGCCUUUAUUGGUUCGCUUGAGAAUCGAUAUCAACCAUGGAGUUUCGGAACAAAAUCCAAAAAAAUGGUUACUGUCUGCUGAUCCUGAGCUGAAGAGUGUUGUCAGCAAAGAAGCGCUUCAGUGGAAGAAGGCUUCUGCAUCACAGGAAGACGCACUUAUGAGACAAAAGGCCAAACAGUAUAUUACGAGUCUGCUAGAAGAGAUGGCCAGUGCGAUGAACAAACUGGUGGUUUUGGAUCAAGAGUGGCCUACGCUUCUCCACGACUUUGUCCAAAACACCCUGCUGGACUACUCACAACUAGAUUUGUACAUGAAGCAAAAGAUUCAAGAGUUGAAUAAAUGAUAUAUACACUGCCAUAUACCUGAUAGAUAUGUUUUGUACACAUUGUUGGCACAGUUAUUUUCAUAA